ACCCCGCGUCUAUAUAACCUUUGCCGCUGUGCGCAGCUUGUCUCUCAUCCAAGCGACGAGCCAGCACAGAGAAAUCGAGCAAGAGGAGGAGGAAAUGGAAGCGGUGCGUCGGCCUCGCGUCCUCGCCGAGAUCGAUCCGCACAGCGAGUGGGUUCACGGGGGCGAGUUCGACACGCUCGUCGUCGACGUCACAGGGUUCGGCAAGGAGCACCUGAAGGUGCAGGUGGAGCCGGCGGGGAGCCUCAAGGUCAGCGGCGAGCGCGCCGUCGACGGGGGCGGCCGGCAGUGGUGCCACUUCACCAAGCGGUUCGACCUCCCCGCCGGCUGCGAUGCGGCGGAGAUCAAGGUCCAGCUCGACAAGGGCAUGCUCUACGUCCAGGUGCCGCGCCCCCCCGCCGGAGGAGGCGCCGGGAGCAGCAGCGGGAAGCACCCGGCGGCGGAGAUGUACGAGGACGCGCUGCAAGGAGAAUGCGAGAUCGGGGACGGCGACGGCGGCGGCGGCUGGAACAUCGGGCGCGUGGCGGCGCGGCGGGAGGAGCAGCACCCGGUGCUGCGGCUCGCCAGGGGCCUGAGCAGGAACCGGCAGGUGGUGCUGAACGUCCUGCUCGCCGUCGUCCUCCUCUGGCUCGUGGCGUUCGGCGCCAAGAACAAGCCCGGCGGCGGCCAAGCCAAGAACGACUGAGGGGCGGAGCAACCACCGGCGCGCGGAUCAUCAAGAUAUGUGUUUAUAUUGUACAGUGACAGCAUGGAAGCAAUAAGCACCUCUGCAAAUAAAGCAAGAUCGGGGAUGUGGUUCGGUGCAUGCCAUCAGUAUUCAGUGCAGUCAGAGAUCACUAAGAUGCCACAGGAGCCAAAGGCAGUAUGAGAUACUGAUGUAGUGAUGUGUGUACAUACAUUCAGAACGUUAAUUACUGUUUACGCAAAGGAAUCCAUGGUUUACUUUAGGGGGUAAUCAUAACACAUACACAUCUAAAGCAUAUC